AGAAAAUGUUAAUACUAGUACACUGUUUUUUUUUUCUUUUGGUUUCCAAUGCAAAAUAGUUAAGAAAAGACCAAAGGAAAAUAGUUUUGAUUUUCGUCCAUCACGCAUUAAUUACGGAUAAUUAUAUUAAGAAAAAAAAAAAGCAGAAGUGAUAUUAAAGUGCUUUUGAGCUGUCUCAUAGAAAGUAGAAACCAUGAAACCUUAAUAAAAGCAACAUUCUCCAUCUUCCUCCUCACUUAAUCCUUAGUUCACACUUCAAAACCACUCUCUCUCCCUCUCCUCUGCUUCAUCUUCUUCUAUGUCUCGCCUCCUUCCUCCUCCUCCUUAUCUCUCCGUCAACCUUCCUAUCAUGGAGAAAACUCCUUCUUCCGAGUUAACCCCAACUCGACUCGGUUUCCCUAACGAGUUUCCUUACGAGUUCGACUCUCCUUCCUUCUCCCCUGGUUUCACUUCUCCCGGUGACUCCACCGAGACGGAAGACGAAAGCAGUGACGACGAGGAAGACUUCCUCGCUGGGUUAACUCGCCGACUCGCUCCCUCGACUCAGCGUCUCCCUCCUCCUCCUCCUCUCUACAAGACUAAGGAGAAACGUCAAGUCGCAGCUACUUCACCACAGUCAACACUGAGUGGACUCGGAAGCUUUUCAAACUCAGGAAGUAGAAGCCCUAUCUUACCAUCCCCACCGGCUCCUAUGACUUCUUUCCGUAGAGACAAUGCUUGGGAUGUGAUAUCUGCAGCUGCUGGAGAAGUAGCUAGACUCAAACUCGGAAGCCACGAGCCUCAUCAUCUUCCACUUCAGACCCCUGAGUCUCUUCUACGCCGUCAAAACGCGGCGUUUCAUGCUGAACUCCAGCAGCAGCGUCUCAUCGAACAGAUGUGGCUCUGUUCUUCUCAGUCAAGAAUAAAGCUUUCGGAGAAUCAUCACCCGAGGAGAGUUAUGAACGACGAAGUUGUGUUUGAGAAUCCGAGAUACGUGAGACACAACAAUCCUACAUGGUUGUCGACGCAACAAGCCGUAGCUCCCCUAAAACGUCCUUCUGCCGGUACCGGAGUUUUCCUUCCCCGGCGAUACCCAACAACCCCUCCUUCCGAUUCUCUGAAAAAAUCAGUCAACACUCCAGCUAUGUUGCAAUCUAAAGUGAAUCAACAAAAUCUCAACUUUGAUGAGUUCACCAAUGUUGUUGGUCCAAGGCGUAGUCAGUUCGAUUACGAGUGCAUGCUCGCAAGAAGUUCACUACUAGCUCGUCAGGGAAAUUUCAGAUCAGUUAGUGGUGGUGGUGGUUGUCUGAAUCAAGAAAGACGUCUUCCACAGGAUUGGAUGUAUUGAUGAUGGAGGUUUCAACUGUUGGUUUUGUCUCAAGAAGUUUGAAAAUCAGGAGGAGCGCGUUUUAGUGUUAGAAGUGGUUUUGGGUUUAGGUUAUAAUGUUAUGAUUAGUAAUAAGGAUAUGAUAUUAAUCAGAAUAAAAGUAGGGGAAUAUGUAUUAAUUUUAAGUGUGACAUUAUAGUAUGUAUUUUUUUAGUCACUAAGACAAAGCUCUCUGUAAUUUUUUUGUUGACCUUGGAGGGUUUAAGGGAGUGGAGUGGGGUUGGGUAUUUUUUUCCAUUUUAAGUCGACAGGGAAAUUGAAAAUGUGUUGGGUGGGAUUUGUUAUUUGUGUUACUUAAAUAGUGUUUUCUGCCAUUUUUGAUAAUAUCUAAUGGGGUUGUAAUAAAAACAUCGGAAUUAUUUUGUUUGUUUAUUAAUAAUAACAAUUAUCCUUAGUUCU